CUGACUGAGGUGGGAAAGGUUUUAUGUUUUAGAAACAGAUCAUAUGUUUUGUAUGAAAAAUUUGAUUCAGUAAGUUAUCUACUGGCUAAGUUAUCAGAUACAUUUAGUAAAAAUAUAAAUACUCAGUUCAGUUCUUUCCACCAACAGAUUGGUUUAAUUAGUUAAUUAGGACCAGUACUGGUAUCAUCAGUGUAGUACAGUAUCCUCCGGUCCAGCAGGGGUCAGACUCCGCCUCUCUCCCCUCAAUGUGAACCCGGAACACACCCGGGUUGUUUUCCUUCCUGAUGACCGGUGGACUGAGCUCUGCGCUGGGAUGGCUCUCACUCAAACACCGCCGCGCUGCGGGCUCCGGGCCCUGACGGAGUCGGUGUCGGAGCAGCUGAGGCGGCUCGGGGAGGAGGUCUUGGGGUUGAUGGAGAAGCGCAGCGGCGGGACGGGAUUAUCAGGAGGCCGCCUGCUCCACCUGCUGCGGCGGCUCCUGACCAAGCGACUGGCGGCGGCGGCGGAGCGGAUCGUGGGUCUGCUGGAGCGGGAGGUGGAGGAGUACCGGCGGCAGCUGGAGCGGCAGGGCCGGCUGCUGGAGGCGGUGCUGAGCCCGGUGGUCCGACUGAGCCGGACAGACUCUGCCUGUUCGUCCGCUCUCAGGACAACCAGCACUGAUGAAAUCCAGACAGCACUACCAGAGAUCAAGGCCGCCCACCUCCCCACAGCCCCGCCCAGCUCCAGCUCCACCUCCUCAGAUGUCUCUGCGGCCGAAAGCAACGACAGUGGCGACGAUUGGAGGGGCAGCGACAACUCCAGUAAUAAAGAGACUAAGAGGACAGGGGCCAAUGAAGGACGGCGGUCCAGCAGCAAGAGACAGCGGGCAGCAUCAUCGGACUGGCCAGCGACUCACCACUGUGUUGUCUGUAGAAAAACUUUCCGUCACAAAGGGAAUCUGGUGAAACACGUGGAGACCCAUGCAGACAACCCUGAACGUCUCUGUGGAGUAUGUGGAGAACGUUUGGAGUCCUCAAACGGUUUGUUGGACCAUCUCAGAUCUCACAGAGAAACGGUCAGUGGCGGUGGGAAGUGUCACAUCUGUGGCAAAACGUUUCAGAACAUGGAGACACACAUGAGGAGUCACACAGGAGUCAGACCGUUCAGCUGCGACAUCUGCAGCAAGAGCUUCCCCCGACCCGGAGCGCUGAGGAGGCACAAGAAGAUCCACAGCAGGAGGACCUCCAACAUCUGCCCGGUCUGUGGACUGACCUUCACCCAAAGCCACGUGCUCCAGGAGCACCUGAAGACCCACGAAGAGGACGAUGGAGACCAGAGUGAGGACAUUGAGGGCGAGGACGGUCAGAUGGAGAAGCUGAAAUCAAAGAGAGACAAAGGGCAAACCUCAGGACUAAUGUCGCCUCAAUCGGCCUCACUCUGCUGCAGAGUCUGUGGUGAUUCCUUCCACAGUCGAGGCUUCUUGAGGAAACACGCAGAGACGCACUGCAGGGAGUCUCAGGGCGUCUGUGGCGUCUGUGGACAGCAGGUGGACUCACCUGACAGUCUGCUAACCCACCUGCAGUCUCACAGAGAGACCAGUGGGACCUGCAGCAUCUGCGGGAAAAGUUUCCAGAACAUGGAGACGCACAUGCGAAGCCACACGGGGAUCAAACCGUACCGCUGUGGCGUCUGCAACAAACGCUUCCCUCGACCUGGAGCACUGAGGCGCCACAAGAAGAUCCACAGCGGGGAGCGACCAUACACCUGCCAGCACUGUGGGAAGACCUUCAUCGAGAGCAGCACCUUUAAGACUCACAGCAGGAGUCACUCAUGGGAGAUCCACAGUGACGAGGACCCCGGACCUCAGGCGGACUCUCAGAACCUUAAGUCUGAAACCGAGGAAAGUCCAAAUGUCCAAGAGAACACUACGACAUUGACUCAGACCUCUCACUGCUGUAAAGUCUGCAGUGAAUCUUUUCAGAGUAAAGGCAGUUUGAGGAAACACGCAAAGAGUCAUUCAGCAGAGUCUGUCUGUGGCGUCUGUGGUGAAAGUUUGCCGCCAUCAGAGACCCUGGCAGACCACCUGCAGACUCACAGAGACGCUGGUAAAAUCUGUCACAUCUGCGGUAAAACUUACCAGAACAUCGAGACUCACAUGCGGAGUCACACCGGUGUCAAACCAUACCACUGCAGCGUCUGUGCUAAAUCCUUCCCGAGGCCCGGUGCUCUGCGCCGCCACAAGAGGAUACACAGUGGAGAGAGACCUUACAUCUGCGAGUUCUGCGGGAAGACGUUUAUCGAUAACGGCGCUCUGACGACGCACAUCAGGAACCACACUGGGGAUAAACCAGCGCAUCGUGUCUCCUGCGAGACCUGCGGGAAGAGCCUGGCAUCGGUCCACGUCCUGGAGGUCCACAAGAGGAUCCACACAGGUGAGAAGCCAUUUCAGUGCCGCAUCUGUGGCAAAGACUUCAGGCAGGUGGGAGGGCUGAACGCCCAUAUGCUGACCCACACCGGGGAGAAGCCAUUCAGCUGCAGCCUCUGCAACAAGAGCUUCAGCACCAAAGGAUACUUGGAGACCCACAUCCGGUUCCACAAGAAGGAGCGAGCGUUCAGCUGCCACCUGUGCUGGAAGGCCUUUGUCACCAAGAAUGACCUGAAGAAACACCUGCUGACCCACACUGGAGAGAAACCCUACAGCUGCAGGGUCUGCGGGAAGAGCUACCAGGAGAAACGCUCCAGAGACGUCCACAUGAAGGUCCACCUGGACGUCCAUAUCAGCAAAGAGCCAAUCAGGAGGGAGGACGGUCUGCAGCCAGAGUUCAUGCAACUGUAGAUUUCAUACAGACCAGUGUUUCUACUGGUUUUACAAACUGGUGAACUGACAGUCCAGCAGCUGGUUUGUUGAACUGUCGAACUGAUGAACAGAAAUCUGCUGCGGUGAUCCUUCAGUCAUCAGCAGCGACAGAAAUCUGUUUCAAAACACGAUCCAGAAUCGCAACACAAAUCUUUUUUUAACCUUUUAAAGAAUAUCCUAUUUAUUUUUUAAUUUUUCAAUUUCAUAUAAUUUAAAAUGUUCUCUGUUGCAGCAGCGACAUUACUGAUUCAGAAACGUGCUUCACGCUUCAAAAAACUUGUCUAUUUCUUUUUUAAAUAAAAAUUUGUUUUG